AUGGCCUCCAAGGACGGCGGCGAGAAUACUACGCCUAGUAGGCGUCACAGUCUCAAUGAUGAGUGUGAUCCCAACUCGGUGGCUGAUGAGAAGAGACUUGUUGCCAAGUUGGACUUUUACAUCAUUCCUCUUGUCAUGGUCCUCUAUCUUUUCAGUUUCCUAGACAGAGUUAAUAUUGGCAACGCUCGACUAUAUGGCCUUGAGGAGGAUCUCAGCCUUUCGUCGAGCCAGUUCCAGGUUGCCGUGUCUAUUCUCUUCGUCACAUACUUACUAUUCGAGGUUCCAUCCAACCUCGUUCUCAAGCUCUUCACUCCACGCCGAUGGCUCGCUUUUAUCGCUGCUGCAUGGGGAAUCAUUGCCACGCUCACAGGCCUCGUCAACUCAUACGGAGCGUUGCUUGCCUGCCGUCUACUCCUAGGUGUCGUGGAAGCUGGUCUCUUUCCUGGCCUGACUGUAUAUCUCACAUUCUUCUACACCAAGCGGGAACUCGCACUCCGCGUAGGCUACCUUUUCGUCAGCGCUGCAGUUGCUGGUGCUCUCGGUGGUUUGCUUGCGUACGGAAUCGGUCACAUGGAUGGCGUGCGUGGUAUGAGCGGCUGGCGUUGGAUCAUGAUCAUUGAGGGAAUUCCCAGCUUCUUGGUCGGCAUUGUCACGUAUUUUGCGUUGCCCAACGAUGCGGAGACGGCGUACUUUUUGGACGAUGGCGAGAAGGCUCUUAUGCGUAUGAGACAUGCACGCGAGUAUGGAAAUACAGCGUCGAGUCGGGAGUUUAGCAAGAAGGAUAUGAUGUGCGCCUUCAAAGACUGGAAGGUAUGGGCGUUUUGUGUUGCGCAGUUCGGAGUCGACACUAUGUUGUACGGAUUCUCUACAUUUUUGCCAACCAUCAUCAGGGAUCUUGGUGACUGGACCGUUGCAGAGACGCAGCUUCUUACCGUGCCAUGCUAUUUCCUCGGCGCAGCGGCAUACAUGUCCACGGCAUUCCUAUCGGAUAAGCUGCAGCGCCGUGGACUCUUCUGCGUCAUUUUUGGACUCAUCAGCUGUGUUGGAUAUGCCAUUCUUUUGGCAGAUGUGUCUUCUGGUGCGCACUACUUUGGCUGCUUCCUCGUAGCUGGAGGUUUAUACGUGGUUGUAGGCUUGCCACUGGCUUGGUUGCCUACAAACUCACCUCGUUAUGGAAAGCGUACUACAGGUACGGGUAUGCAGCUGACAUGGGGUAACGCGGCAGGCAUCAUGUCUGCGUUCAUCUAUCCUGCUUCGGAUAGACCUCGAUACAUCAAGGGUCACGCUGUGACGCUCAGUAUGGUCGCGUUGGGCACUGCCAUCUAUGGAUACAUGUGGUGGUGGUACCGACGUGAGAACGAGCGACGACAAGCAGGCCACAUGGAUGAGAAACAUCGAGGCAUGGGAGAAGAUGAGUUGGCCGAGCUUGGUGACGAAAGCCCUCGUUAUAGGUUUACUAUUUAG